CGAUGAUAUCUCGGAUCUUCCGGAGCUUAUGAAAGACGGAGACAUAAGCAUACCCCCACCAAAGUCUCCGUCUUAACACGGAGACUUUUCCUGCCCUAACAAUAGCACAAUGACUCUAUAUAAAACCACACACCCCUUUCUCUAAUCCUCUUUACCCCCUCAAUCCGCCUACACACAGCAUCAAACAAUGACCAAAAAACCCACCCUCGCCUUCUUCGGCGCCACCGGCGGCUCCACCCUCGCGUGCCUCAUCCCCGCCCUCAAAUCCGGCUACACAUGCAAUGCCCUCGUCCGCACCCCCAACAAACUCCUCACUCUCCUCUCCACCCACAACGCCCCCACCACCAACCUCACCAUAAUCCCCGGUUCCGCAACCUCCCUCCCCGCCGUGCACCAAACCCUCCUCCUCCCCAGCACUUCCACCCCCACCCCAACCGCAGUCGACCUCAUAAUCACCGGCAUCGGGGGCACCCUCAUCUCCAACCUCCCCAACCCCAUCCCAACCCUCGACAACCCCACCAUCUGCACCGACGCCACCCGCACAAUCCUCACCGCGGCACGAUCUCUCCCUUCGAAGCCCAAGAUCGUGGUGAUUACCGGCACGGGGAUUAAUUAUACGAAACGGGAUGUGCCGAUUCUCAUGUGGCCGCUGUAUCAUUGGUUAUUGAGGGUGCCGCAUGCGGAUAAGAGGUGUGAUUAUUACGGAGUGAGAGGGGACGUAGUUGGAUUGUGUUGUAAUUUUGGGGGUGUAAAUAGUGCUUGGUUUGUGGGGUUCAUUGUAUGAUUAUGGAUAAAACCUGUGUGGUGUCUGUUUAGGGUUGAGGCUAGACCAGUGACAUCCGGGAGAUGCAUAUAUCUCGUAUGUAAGAUCCUGCAUAUUAUAGGCAGCUAGCGUAAAUUCCACCUAUAUAAUGUCCAGAUGGACCUUGUCAAGGCGCGUCCUGUUU